GAAGUCUCGCGAGGUUUGCACUUCCCAUUUUCUUCAUCCAGCAUGGCUACGCUGUAUGAGGGAUUCACAUUGUGCGGACUUUUACAAACUCAAAAUGUUUCAGAUUCGGCAAUUCAGGGAAUUGAAUUGGAUGGUGACAGUGAUCAUGUUGUAGUUACUGAUACGACGAGAUCUGUAACAUUGUAUAAGGUUUCAGACCAGAAGCCUCUGGGGAACUGGACCGUGAAACAGGGACAGUCUCUUACUUGUCCGGCAGUGUACAACAACCAGACCAAGGAAUACGUAGUUGUCUCAGAUAAGAGGGUCAUCCGGGUUUGGAGAAAUGAAGACCUCAAUUUAGAUAAAGCAUUUAAAGCAACUGUGUCAGCUGAUGUGUGGAGGGUCCACUCGGCCCUGGAGGGGGAACCUGUGGUGCUGUUCAAUAGAGGCGCUGUCAGACUACUGGACGCCCUCCUCUCCGCCCCCCAACAGACCAUUGAGAAUGUCCUGUCAGAGGAGGAAAUCAUAAGGUGGAGCACCAACUUCGUGGUUGAGAAACAACACUUUGUCCUCUUCACGACAGAGCAGAAAAAGAUGCACUUCCUAUAUGUGCAGAGGCUGAAUCCCAACACUCUCCACAAGUACAGACUGGAGAGGGAAGACUCUGGGGCUCCCCCUUUGAGUGUCUCUGCCUCUCUCUGGGACAAACGCAUCAACCUUCUCUAUAUGUACCCCAACGGCUGUGUCUACCAAAGUGCGGUGGCGGUGUGGGGGCAGGCGGCCGCGUUGGAAGAUGAGGAGGCUCCGGCCCUGCCGCGUACCCUUCUCCUGAGGCUUCCGGUGGGGGAGGGGGAGCUGGGUGCCGCGUCGGCCGUGGCUCUGGACGAAGCCCACGUGGCGGUGGUGGGUGUGCCCCACCCCUCCGCUGGAACGGGCAAAGACUUCCUCUGUGUCUGGAAUACUAACUUCCAGACUCUCCAGGCUGGCAAGGAGAUGGCAGGGAGAAUCUAUGGACAGGUCUGGUGUUACUCUGGGAAGCUGUUAGUUCCUCAUGGGAAAGCCCUCUCCGUCAUACCGUACGACUGUCAGAAGUCUUCCCUGGCCUCUGCUCUGGGGAAGCUUUGGAAAUGUGGGAAGGAAGAGCCCAGGUCGUCCGUGGCCGUGCCCUCUUGGAACAGCUUACUGUAUGAGGAGCAGCCGCAGGGACCUGCCAGGGCAGUGGAGACCAGGAGGAGCAAGCUGAGUCGGAAGAGCCAGUCGGUACUCGCCCUCACGGUGGAUCAGGUUCUGGAGCUCAUCAAGACUGGUCCUGUUGAGGAAGUCCAGAGGGAGGUGGAGGCCCUGGUCUCCAGAGGUGAUGCCCAGGACCUCCAGACCUCGGUGGGCCAGCUGGCCUGUCAGCUGGUUGGUCGGAGCCAGGCUGAGUCGGCCUUCUACACCCCUGGCGCUCUGGCACAGCUGGUACACACACAGUACCUUUGCCACAGUGUGUGUCCCGACCUCCUACUGCUGGCCCUAGAGCACAAGGACUACUUCCUGUGUCAGCUGUGCCUGCAGCUCUUCCCAGACAUCCCAGAAGUGGUCACAUGUGCCUGCCUUAGGGCCUUCAUCAGUGUCCUGGACGGCGACGUGGAGAUGGUCAGCCUGGAGCCAGACAGCGUGUCCUUCAUGGAGGGUCUGGUGGCGGCGGGCGCUAGGGGGGGCCAGCAGAACGGCUUCAGCCCUGCCCUGUAUGAUGAGGACAGCUGCGACGCCCACCACCAGCCCAGACUGCACCAGGACAAGACCCCCGCGGUCCAGCUGGAGGCCUGCCCCGUGGGCCUACACAAAGCUGUGCUCCUAAAUGAGGUGCUGCAGACGCCAUACAGUGACAGCUUGCUGCUCCCCCACCUGAAGGACCUCAACUCCCAGCAGGUCAUACUCUUUCUUCAGUACCUACAGUUCCUUUAUUUGAAAUAUUCCCAAGAUGCUUACACACAAAUGCCCGGUUUGAGAUCACCAACAAUGACACAGAUCAUUGAUUGGGUAUGCUUAGUUUUGGAUGCUCAUUUUAUGGUCCUGGUCAUGGCUCCAGAUGCUAAAGGAUUGCUAAAAAAUCUCCAUUUCUUUGUCAAAUCCCAGGUGAGACUUUUCUCUGAACUAGGGAAGAUCGAGGACAGUUUUAAAGAGCUCCACAGAAUGAAACCAUCAAAAGACAUCGGCCAGUACUCAAUCGAAGUCAUUGAGCUAUUUUAGACUAUAUGUACAGUUUCUUUUUAAUAAAACUGCCCAUUGACCACCCUAUGUAGCUGUCCUUUAAAUGUUUCCUGCUUUGUAUUUGUUUUCCUCCAAAAUGUAAACCGCUGUGUCAUACCUUACUACGGUUUAUACCUAGUCUGGUCCCAGAUCAGCACCUGCUUUCUGGUCAACAAUGACCAUGCAGAUAUCUGAUCUAAAUUUGAGACUGUUUGCUACAGCAGUUAAGUAGUCCUGCAGUAACCUGUUUUACUAAGUGAAUUCUAACUAAUGGAUAGGAAUGGUUGUAGGGGUUUUACACUUAACGUUGGGGAAAAUCUAGUUGGAAAUAUCUGUGGAAAGGUACAUACUGCAGAAACAUCUGGAACAUCAAAAAUUAUUUUAAAUGUCCUGUAAAAGAAGUUAAGAUCGAAUGAGGAUUCUACCUCUAGAAGUAGGGUGUACAAGAAUAGGGCUCUGGGAUCAGUUAUGGAUUUCCAUUUGUGUGAAUGCGAUGUCACUCCGGUUCAGGAUUUGCUGUGACCUUGGUCCCCAUAACCAGUUUGUUUGUGGUGGUGUAAACUGAUAAAAUGUAUUGUAAUAUUUGCCAAUCUGAAUUAUGCAAAGUAUAUUGUCCUGUGAUAUUGCAACAUGGCAUAGAAAUGUGUAACAUAUUUGAUAAAGUAUGCUGACAUGUAAAUGUGGAGAUGCGGUUAAACUUUGGUUGUCAAUCUUGAAGUUGAUUUAAUGUUUUUAAAUUGUCUGAAAGGCUAUAAAUUGAAACAUUGAAGUUUUACAUGUUUUCUAACUUAGCUUUUUGUGAUGAAUUCAAACAAAGUGAUUUCUGAUUCACUCUACUGUUUUUCUUAUUAAAAAUACCCAAUAUGCAGUG